AUGAAACUCCUUUUUGUUUUCCAGGUUUCUUUUUGCUUCGCUAGAAUUGAGAAAAGACGAGAAAGAGCAGCGGAUAAUGACGCGAUUGAUGAUGUUUUGGAUGCAGUUGAUAGGCUGAAUUCAUGGACAAAUCUUUAUGCUGUGAAAUAUGCAAAGCAGGAAAAUUUGCGAAAAAUGAGCGAAAAGCUGAGAAAACAAAUGGUCGGCAAGAUGCAGCAGUGCAGAGAACACCCAAAACCCAAGGAACAGAAACGCCGAAUGGAAUCGAUUGACGUUGGGGUGAUGGAAAAGUUGAUAUCUCCGGAACUCGCGGAAAAUGUUCGAUCUUCCUUUGGUCCGCAGAAUCCCCUAGAAGAACUGGCAGGAGUCAAUAAAUCGCUUACGAAGUUGAUCAAAAAGCAGCUUUCCCAGUGUAAACGAUUCAAGCAUUUCAUUCGCCUUCGUGAUACGACGAUGAAGCAGUUUUCCCGAGCUUUCUUGCGUCUUCAGAAGAACCAAAAAGAACGGCUGAUGGAGAUCAGCGGGCGAAUGCAACAGGACGAAUAUUACCUCGAAGAAAGUGCUUUUCAGGAAGACGCGAUUUUAGCUGAGGACGAUCUGGACAAGCUUGAAUUUGACUACGCUGAUUACGGUCUUCCUGGAGACACGGAUUUUUCGGAAGGUGCGAUUCCUGAUUCCGCUAGAAGUCUAAAAGUUGAAGGAAUCGUUUAA